AUGGAGAUCACUCCGUUUACUACUACCAUGGGCGGUAUGAGUGGUCUGCCACUCCAGUUUGCCGUAGCAUCAAUCGCAACAUGCGCCUUCUGGCUCUUUGGUUAUGAUAUGAGUGUCAUGGGUGGCCUUAUUACCGAAGAGCCUUUCCUCAGCGUCUUCCCGGAAACCAAGAACCCCAACGUCCAAGGUAUUAUCAUCGCUGUCCUUGAACUCGGUGCCCUCAUUGGCUCUAUUCUCUGUCUCAUGUACGGUGAUAAGAUGGGGAGACGGGGAACUGUCUGGGUUGGCAUGGGUUUCAUGGUUGUUGGUGGUGUUCUCCAAGCAUCUGCCUACCAUGUUGCGCAAAUGGGAAUCGGACGUGUCCUGUCAGGUAUCGGUCUCGGGCUCCAAGUUGCAACAGUUCCAACAUGGCAAUCAGAAUGCGCCAAACCGAAAACCCAAGGUCGCUGGGUCAUGAUUGAAGGUGGUCUUCAAACCACAGGUGUGGCGUGCGGACAAUGGAUUGGAUAUGCAUUCUUCUUCACCCACGGCCAAAUGCAAUGGAGGGUUCCAGUCGCUAUUCAACUCAUCCCAGCACUCAUCGUUUUCUGCUUGAUUAUGUUCCUCCCGGAAUCUCCUCGAUGGCUCAUCAAGCACGGCAAGAUCGAGCAAGGUAUCCACAAUCUCUGCAAGCUCCGUAACCUCCCGGAAGACGACCCGGUUCUCAAGGCUGAACUCGGCUCCAUUAUGGCCACUUUCGAGUCCCAGAAAUCGCAAGCACCCUUCCAAUACAAAGAGCUUUUCCAAAACGGCAAAUCACAGACAUUCCGACGAAUGUGUCUCGGCUUCUUCAUCCAGGCCGCACAACAACUCUCUGGUAUCAACUUGGUCUCUACCUACGCCAACCAAAUCCUUGGGCAGUCAUUCAAUCUCAGUCCUGGCAUGUCGCACUUAAUUGCUGCUUGUGGAGGAGCUGAAUACGCCAUCUGCUCGGUUCUCUCGGUUUUCCUGAUCGAAGGACUUGGUCGUCGGAAAGCCUUCCUCCUCACCUCCACCGGCAUGACAAUUUCCUUCAUCCUCAUUCCCAUCUUGCUCUCACGCAACGAACGGAAUAUGCAACUCGCCGCCGCCGGGUUGCUCUUCGUCUUCAACACCUUCUUUGGUCUCGCAUGGGUUGGAGGCCCAUUCCUCUACAGUGCCGAAAUCGCCCCUCUUCGCACCAGGGCCCAGAUUAACGGUGUUUCUGCUGCUGCGAAUUGGAUUUUUUGCUUCAUCGUUGUUAUGACCAUUCCUCCAUCGUUCGCCAACAUCGGUUGGAAGACAUAUAUUGUUUACGCCGUGCUGAACGCCUCAUUCAUCCCUAUCAUCUACUUCUUCUUGGUUGAGACGAAGGGACGCAGUCUGGAAGAAUUGGAUGUUAUUUUUGCUGCGCCGGGAGAUCCAGUUAAGAAUGAAAAGAAGAUGCCGCAUAACAUUUCGAUUGCGGAGGGGAGAAGGAUAUUGGGCUUGGAUGAUGAUGAAGUGGAGGAGAAGUCCAAGGGUUCAGUGGAAGAGGUAAAGGUUGGUGGGAGUAAAGAGGUUGAUUAUGCGUGA